UUUAUUUACUGUAUUAUUUAAGGCGUCAGUAAUAUUCACUCGUUUUCUCAUCACAUCCACCACCAGAGGGAGGAGAGGAUUGCUCGAAUGGCAACGGAGAUCGGCGGCCGGUCGGGUGCAUCUCUGGCCAGUGCGGCGGCGCUUCCCUACCUCGUGAUGCCGUUGACUAACCUCUGUUUGUCUGGUUUCAUUGCCAUCCAACGGUCCGUCCUCCGCCCCUCCACCGGAGUCAGCGCCACCACCCUCUUCGCCUACUACCAGCUCCUUGGCUCCCUCCUCCUCUCCGUCCUCGCCCUCCUCUUCGAAAGCGGCAGAAGACCUACACUCACCUUCCGUAUCCUCUGCUCGGCGUUCGUCAUCGGCUUCCUGCAAAUCCCAGUAGGUGGGCUGAUGCUCUCGUCGAGCCUCCGUUACAUCACGACGACAUUCCAGAGCGUGGCGCUCAACACGAUCCCAUCGCUGGUGUUCGUGCUGGCCGUGCUAUGCCGGCGAGAGCGGUUCCGGUUCUGGAGCGUCGGUGGACAGGCGAAGCUCUGGGGGGUGGUCGUCUCCGCCGCCGGUGCGUUUGCGAUGGUCAUAUCGGACCGUGACUCUACAGAGUCGUCGGCAUCGAUCGGGUCGUCAUCCCACGCGGACUGGCUGCUGGGGACGACGAUGGUCGGACUUGGUGUUGCGGCAAGUGCCAUUGCCGAUCUUUCCGUGGAAAGCAUCGCUUUCAGGUAUCCUGCGGAUCUAAGCUUGUCGGCCAUGAUUGCCGUAUGUGGUACCAUUCAGACCUUUACAGUAGCAGCCUUCAUGGAGAGGGACGCUUCGGCAUGGAAGAUACAUCGGAAAGGAAGCUUGCAGCUCGUCGCCAUCCUAUAUGGGGGAAUCCUUGUUACGGGGCUGUCAUACCUUGGAAGAAUCUGGUGCAUACACCGGAAAGGCCCCGUCUUCGCGACGGCAUUCUCCCCGCUGCUGGUGGUCUUCUCGUUCCUCCUCCACACGCUCGUCUUGGGAGGCGCCACCCACGUUGGAAGGUUCGGUCGAAUCCCUCGUCUCCGUUUGAUCUCACUUCACCGUGCUCAAUGCCUCCGCUGCCUCCAGUAUUCUUGCAGCGGCGUUGGUCGCAGCGGGCCUGUAUCUUCUUUUGUGGGCGAAGUCUACGGAUCAAAAGAUGGAGGACGGAGAUGAGAACCAGCAAGUCGAAGGGUCUAAUGAAGAACCGCUGCUGUGAAAGAUAUCCUGUGUGGUACAAAUAUAAAGGAAGAAUGGGGCAUUAUGACAACUUAUAAUUAUUUUUGUUGUUGAAUAAUAUA